UUAGAUAACGAAAUUAGAAUGGCUUCUUCCCCUUUGCCUCCGGCGAUGAAGAACGGAGAGUAUAGAAGAAACUGGGCGGAGCUUCCGCCGGAACUGACGUUAUCUAUCCUGAUCCGUCUCAGUCCGAUCGAGAUACUGCAUAACGCUCAGAAAGUGUGCCGAUCGUGGCGACGCGUCUGUAUAGACCCAUCGAUGUGGCGUAAAAUUGACCUGAGAAACUGCAGAUUGGACGAUUUUGCUUUCGAUCGCUUCUGCCGUCACGGUGUUGACCUAAGCCAGGGCAGCUUGCUUGAGAUCGACAUUGAGCACUUUGCGACCGAUUCUCUCCUCACCUACAUCGCUGAGAGAUCAAGUAAUCUGAGAAGUCUUGGACUUCGAGUAUACCAUGGUUUUGUGACGAACAAAGGACUUGUGGACGCAAUCGCAAAAUUUCCAUUGCUUGAAACCCUCGAGGUCUCACACUCAUCGCUUAAACUGAAUUUGAAAGCUAUAGGCCAGGCUUGCCCCCAGCUAAAGACAUUGAAGCUAAACUCCUCAGGGUCAGGGUUUUCUGGGUUAGAUGAGUUAGAUUACAGGUCCGUUCGCGUCAAAUGCGAUGAUGAGUAUGCCCUAGCAAUCGCUGAAAGCAUGCCUGAACUACGCUACCUCCAGCUUCUUGGGGACAGGUUAACUGACACUGGAUUGAACGCCAUUCUUGACGGCUGUCCUAACCUGGAACACCUCGAUUUACGCAAGUGUUUCAACAUUAAACUUGUCGGAAAUCUUGAGAAGAAAUGUUUGGAGAGGAUCAAAGAGUUCAGACGCCCGAAUGAUCCAACUGCUGAUUACCCAUUCGAUAUCGUUUUUAUCAAUUAUGAUUCAGAUGAAGACUAUACAGAUGAGGAGGGACUCAUUGACGCCUACUACGACUUAGCAGGCACCUACUAGGUAUUGAAUCUCUCUGAAAACAUGUUGCUUUUGUUGGCCUUGUCAACUUCUGAACUCGUUCAUGGCUCCUCUUUUCUCUAUGUUCGUACUAUGCUUUGGUUGUUUAAAAAUUAUUUCCUUUGAACUUUUAAUUUUUGAGAGUGUGACUGUAGCUCGAC